AUGCGCAGGCGUGCCUUCUUGAGUGGGGAUUGGUGGGAGACCGGGCAGGACGGGGCGGGACAGGGCGGGACUCCCGUUUCUCGCACGCUCUGUGGACGCAGAGGGCGGAGCUGCCGGUACCGGUUGGUGAAAGUGUUGGGGCCUGAGGCGUCCUCCCUAUCCCUCCCACUCCCAGCGCCUCCAAAGGCAGACGAUUCAUCAAGGAUUUUGUAUCCAAGGCCCAAAAGUUUGUUACCCGAGAUGAUGAAUGCUGACAUGGAUGCAGUUGAUGCUGAAAAUCAGGUGGAACUGGGAAAAACGCGACUUAUUAAUCAAGUGUUGGAACUUCAACACACACUUGAAGACCUCUCUGCAAGAGUAGAUGCAGUUAAGGAAGAAAAUCUGAAGCUAAAAUCAGAAAACCAAGUUCUUGGACAAUAUAUAGAAAACCUCAUGUCAGCUUCUAGUGUUUUUCAAACAACUGACACAAAAAGCAAAAGAAAGUAAGGGAUUGACAUCCCUUCUGUUUUAUGGAAUUGCUGCUGAUCUUUUUUUCUUUAAAACUGGGAUAGGUUCAAAAAGUUAUAGUACUUUUGUUUGUGGCUUAAUUGAAUAUUUAUGAAGAUAAUAUCAGAUCUAGGCAAAAUUAAGAGCAUAACAGAAGACUUCCAUGAGCUUGUGUAUAAUAUGUUAGUCUAUGAAAAUGUGCUAAUGUAUUGUAGAGACUUUAUAAUUAGAAAUGCAUAUAUUUAUGAAACUUGAAAAUGAAUGUUUUAUCAAAUUUGCUUUGAUUUAUAGGUUUAGCACUGUCUUUUAUUAUAGGCAUAUUAAGAGAUACAAGAAAAUAACCACCGUGUUGUGAAAAGUGACCAAAAUCAUGUACUGAACGCACAGCUUUAUGUACCCUGUCUACCAUGUUGUGCCUCUUCUCCAUUUGCUUCUUCCUUCCCAUUUCCCUUCCCCUAAGGAAAAAAUUGGUUUCACAUUUGUAAAAGUAAUUUUAAUAGUUAAUCAUCUGUGAGAGUAACCUGAGCUUGAAUUGUUGAAACUUAACCAAAAUAAGACACUUUGUCAGUUAGGGCUUGUCAUAGUUAGUAAUAAAAUAGGAUUGUUGGUUUGUCUUUAAUUGAUUGAAAACAGAGGCCAUAAAUAUGAAGACUUUUCUUUGCAACUGAGUUAUCAAAUUGGGAAGGUCUGUUGUUAAAAACUUCCUUUUGCACAGCUAAUGUACUUGGUAUCUGAAAAGAUGAGCUCCGGUUAUAUGUUUGAAAUAGAACAGAAAUGGGAUGGGAAAGGUACUGGGCAAACAGUAGUAACCAGCUCCAAAUGUUUUCACUCCAGAUUCGGGUGAUCUGUGGCACAGACGAUAUCUUUUGGGGAAUAUAUGAAUAUGAAAGUAGAUUAAAUGUGACUAACCUUAGGUCAACCACACCUAGAAGACAGUUACAAAGAGUUUAGUCUCAAGGUUUCUUUGUGGUACCCAGCAGAUCAACUUUUGCAAAAUCCCUUGAGAGUGUAUUAGUGUCAGAAUCAUGAACAAAAUGGAGGAGUUUUACAUGUAUACUAAGUGAUAUUUUCUCAGUAUUUUAAUCUCACUACUUCCCCAGAAUUUUCUGUAAACCUAACUACUUGGUUUGCAGAGUUUUAGUCACUCUUUGACAGUUUCAAGAAAUUUAGUUUGUAGAUUCCAUUUGGUAAGAAAAUUAAUAUCAGAAGUAAUGUUAAAAUGUUAAAUAGGAAGAGAGAUCCACUAAUAUAGUUUUGGUUAUUAGAUUUGGGCUACUUUUAAUCAUGGAAUAAUCUUAACGUUUGUAUUGGUGUAAGAUUCGAUGAAUGACUUUAGCUGUAUGAAUAUAAUAGUUAUACUGCAAACAUUUUGCAUCCCUUUUGUGACCUAAUUUACAAACAUUUAAACUUGUGUUCCAGUUUUGCUUUACUGUUUAAUAAAAACCUGUUUCAGAGA